AUGGAUACCCUUAGUUCCCAUAUUGAGAGCAACGUCAGAGAAGCUUCGUUCCGCAAGUUACUCUCUUCCCAUCUGUCCAUCUACAACGUGUUGAACAAUCCCGACUUAGACGUCUCCCCUAGCUUCAGCAGGACACAAAGCCCGUUGUUAUUAACGCCUGAGUUGCCUGACCCGUCGUUCUCCAUCACGCUGUGGCAGUCUAUAAGCAAUGACUCUAAGCGAAACGAAAACGAUGAAUCCGGCAAAAGGAGACCCACUUCUUCCAUCUUGUCGGUUACAACUGAAGAGGACGACACAACGAAAGACUCAACAGUGUUGAUCUCGACACCAAAGCCGUCUAACGUUAUGGUCUUCGAGACAGACGAGGAAGACAACGACGAUGACCGUAACCAUGUUAAUCCUCCGAAUUCAUUUAUCAUGCCGAAGAUGAGCAUUUCGGAAAGACCUAAUAUUCAUGACUAUAGUGGCAGAAGCUCGCGAUUUCAGGUCACGCUUCUUAGCUCCUAUGGUUCGUACAAGGUGGAUACCAACUACUUGGUCAAGAGCAUAGAGCGUGAAUUGAGUUGUGAUUGCAUCGGCAUUCGCCAUGUAAAUUUAGAUAUCCACAAUGAUUACAGAUCCUCUAGUUUCCUGCGAUUUGACAAAUCGUUGGUCAAGAAUUCCGAUUUGAUAUUUGUGGUUAACGAUGGCUCUUCCGUGUUUCUCGAAUAUUUGACUAGCGUCUUUGGUGGAGACGUGCAAUUAGACGAGGACUCUAUGGAAGCUUUGCCGAAACUCACAAUCAUCAACAUGAUGACAGUCAACUACUUUGUCAACUUGUUUGAGUUGAUAAAUUACUUAAAACCCUACCAAAUCUGGAAGACUUCAUCUUUAAAACAGGAGAAAUUGGUCAAUAAAGUUAAAGACUUCAUCGAAAUCGAGUUGAACCAACUGGACCAUUUUGAAUCCAAUAAGGUUGCUACAAAGGAUACAAAUUUGUCAUUGGUUGUCUCGAAUGUCGGCAGAUCACAAACUAUGUAUUCCAAUUUAAUUCUGCACAAGAGAGCCGACUACAAGGGCAUAGAGAAGAAAUUCAAAACUGAUCUUCAGGGUUCAUCUAGUUUUAGCGAUCCGUUGCUGAUUUCUUCCAACUUUGCCCAUAUUAACAUCUUGUAUUCAAUCUUGAUGAAAUUAUUUUCGACUUCACAAUUGAGUCAAAACAUCGUUGCUGUUGAUAAGUCAACUCCCAAAUCCUCGCGAUUUUGGUUGAUUUGUAGUUUCACAGUAGGUAUUGGCUUUGGUAUUGGUAUCGCAAGCGGUGCCACUUCCGUUGUUGGGUUAUACAUAUAUGAGAAGUUUCUUCAGUUUAGCCCUGGCCAAACACAGCAAUGUAUUCCAGUUUCAUCUCCUGCAACUAAACCAAUUGUGGAUACCGUCGUUGAUUUAUCGAAGGAGUUUCAAGGUUCUAUGUUCCAGUUUUACAAUGAAGUUUCGACUGACUUAAUUGGAGAGCUCAGAUCAUUUUCAACGUUAUAUGUUAGUUAUUUAAGGUCCGCUGGUGAUAUUGUUAUUGAUUGUAUUAGAGGAGGAUUAGAGAAAGUUGUUGGUCUUGUUGUGUACACUAAUUGCUGA